CCUUUGCGUAAAUUUUCCACUCGCUGAUUUUCUCUCUGUCCGAAGUGAAGAGGAAGGGAAAGGGAAAUUUGGCUCCGCUUUGAUUUUUUUAGGGUUUUGGAGCUGCUCCGAUCUCGAGAUCCAGAUUUACUGGAUUGACAAUAUGGCGCCCACUGUUCUAAUAGAGUGUACAGAGAAAAGGGUGGUUAAGAGAUCUUUCGCGAUGAUGGGGAAAUCACAGAAGUUUUCGAAGGGCUUAUCUUCUUCCUUUGUUCCUGAUUACCGUCAUGCGGCUGAAACCAUGGAGGAAUCCGAAGGAUUUGGUAGCUCAUGCCGUGUGGAUUCUGAAGAUUCUUGUGCUCCAAAGAGGAAAUGCAUUAGCUUGAAUAAGGACACGGGCGACUGCUUCAAUGUUCCUUUGCAGGUCAUUUCUUUUGCCAAGAUGCCUGGUUCAGAAAGAAAAGAGUUAGAAUUGAGACUGAGAGCUGAACUUGAAAGAAUUCAAAUGCUUCAAAAAAAGUUCUUAUCAAUAAAUGUACCAACAGUGUCAUCCUCCAGUAACGGAAAGAAACUGGGUUCCAAUGGAUCACAUCUCAAGCGUGGGAGUUCAGGGAGGUUCGAGUCGAAGAACAAACAACGACCUCAGCCACAGCCUACCACUGAUAACUCCUAUGCAUCGAUAAUGAAGCAAUGUGACUCAAUUCUCAAUAAGUUGAGAACACACCAGUUUGGGUGGGUUUUCAAUAAUCCAGUUGACGCAGUGGCUCUCAAGAUUCCGGAUUAUUACACUGUCAUCAAGCAUCCAAUGGAUCUUGGUACCAUCAAGAACAAGAUAUCUUCUGGUGCUUACUCCAGCCCAUUGGGUUUUGUUGCUGAUGUGAGGUUAACUUUUACAAAUGCAAUGACAUACAAUCCGCCCGGUAACGAUGUCCACAUAAUGGCAGAUAAAUUAAGCAAAUUCUUUGAGUCAAAAUGGAAACCUAUAGAGAAGAAGCUUGCUGCAACUGAUUUAUAUGUUAGAAGAGAGACAGAAGCUCCCAAGCCAGUAUUACAUCCAAAGAAGAGGAAAACGUCUCCUGUAACUUGUAAUGCUGUAGUACUGGAAAAGGUGAUCCCUAGGGUGACUGCUGAGGAGAGGCAGCAUUUGAGUAAUCGAUUAUCAGCUAUGCUAGAGGACAUGCCAGACCAAAUAAUUGACUUUUUGAAGAGGCAUAUCAGUAGUACGAAUGACUCUGGUGAGGAGGAGAUGGAGGUUGAUAUUGACGCCCUUAGUGAUGAUGUACUGUUAGAACUGAGGGAGCUUUUGGAUAGCUGUUUGCCAGAGAAACUGAUUGUACAACAUCCAAAAGCAGAACCCUCUGAAAUCGAGAUUUUAAAUGAAUCUGGACUUAGCAAUUCAUCAAUGCAUCCCGGCAAAGGCAAUGAACCUGUCGAUGAGGAUGUAGAUAUUGGUGGUAAUGAUCCUCCCAUGUCAAGCUAUCCUCCUGUAGAGAUAGAGAAGGAUGCAAUACAUAGAGGUGGCAAGUGCAGCAGUUCAAGUUCAUCGAGUAGUGAUUCAGGCUCUUCUUCCAGUGGUCUGUUCUUGUUUCCUUGCCAUCUGGCCAACACAUCCUUUAUGUUCUUAGAUCAUUUUGUUGUACAGUUCAGUAAUUUUAAUAUUGCAUUGCUUUUUUAUUUAACUAUGAGGAUGAGGUCAAGUCAGCUCCUUGUAGUUACUUCUUUUCUUACCUUUGUCACUACUGACUUUUGAGUGUUUAUUGCUUGUGACGGGAAACAUGACUAAUAAACACCAACCAAGUUAUGUACUAUAUAGGAAGAAAUAAAAUACCAAAAAGAAGGUGUAUCUCGGUCAUCCGUAUUAUAAAAAGAGACAUUUAGGUUGCAAAUAACUGAUGUAACCAUUGACUGAAGUCAUAAUUGACGCAAGUUAGGAAAUCUGUAUAUAGAUCUAGACUGCAAACAACUCACUGGUGCAUGAUGCUUAAGAAAUGAAGAUGGGGUUCUGCAUAUUAUUUAUUGUAUU